AUGGCGCUCAAGCGCAUAUCCAAAGAACUUGUAGACCUGGGAAAGGACCCACCGGCAAACUGCUCCGCUGGUCCCGUUGGUGACGAUUUGUUUCACUGGCAGGCAACGAUUAUCGGGCCGCCAGACUCUCCCUACGCUGGUGGCGUCUACUUCCUCAACAUUCACUUUCCGACGGACUAUCCGUUUAAACCACCAAAGGUGCAGUUUACGACGAAAAUUUAUCACCCGAACAUCAACUCGAACGGUUCGAUAUGUUUGGAUAUUUUGCGGGAACAGUGGUCACCGGCGUUGACCAUCUCGAAAGUGCUGCUCUCUAUCUGCUCGUUAUUGACGGACCCGAAUCCCGACGAUCCUCUGGUCCCGGAUAUCGCACACAAGUACAAGACGAACCGGGCAAAGUACGAGGAAGAGGCACGAGAAUGGACACGGCGCUACGCGAUGUGA